ACGGAAGGAGUGUUUCCAGUUCUGCUUCGACAUCUGAGUGGUAAUCACAUACCUGGCGCAAGUAGCUACCGUUUAACCGUUGAUAGUGCAAGAUGAAGUCCCUUUUCGUGUGCCUGCUGCUGGCUUUGGCCGGUCAAUCCCUUGCCCAGAGCGAGAAUGAGUUUGUGGAAUACUUGAUGGAAAUCCAGACCCAGGCGGAAACCGUCCAUCAAGCGAUGGAGGAAACGUUCGACAAUAUUCGCUUCUCGAUGAGCGAAGGACUGAUCGAGCUGAACCGUCAACUGAUCGCGCGCAUGAACGAGGCUCUCGAAGAGAUCGAUGAGAUCCGUGAGGAUACUGAAGCGUUCGUUGGAGAGUCGUCGGCUCCGGCUAGCUGUGUCGAUGUGGUCGUCGCUAAUUGGGAACGCGAGAUCGAUUUUGCCGGUCAGGCGCUGUCUCGCUGUGCCAGUGAGGCCAACGUUCAGAUCGCCUCGCAUACUGCCGAUGUCCAUAACGCUCUAGAGGCUGCCCAGAUUGCGUCGACCGAGUUGCAGAACAUUGUCGUCCGUGGAUUCAUUGACUGGAACGCCAUCGAUGCCACGGAGGAGCUCGCGGACGUCGUCGGUGCCCAGAUUGAGGAGAGAGACGACUACUUCAACCGCAUCACUCACCCCGCCCUUGAGCGCGUCCUGCAGAGUGUUCUGGAUCUGGAUGACAACCUGCUGCCAGAGAUUCUGACUUGCGUCAACCGUGGCGUUGAGCGUUUCGGCAACUACGGCCAGGUGAUCCGUGACACGCUGUCCUUCUGCUCGCAAUAAUUUGAAUACAUGGUUGUGCUUUCUUUCCUGUAAGGAAGCAAACAUUCUCAAACAGACUGUUUCUAUCUAU